AUGCAAGUUUUCGGCAGCGACGUUGUCCACGCACUGGUCGCUCGCAUACUUCGCCUCCGGUAUCUGGUGCUGGCUCGAACCUUGGACACACGGCAUGGCCUGCAGCACGGAGUUGAUGCAGUUUCACUUCGAGGCGAUAUCGAAGCAGGCUUGCGCGUAUUUCCUCGUGGAUGGAACAAGAGUGGACAGAUGCGGAAGGCCGAAGUGCGACGCCAUGGAUGGUUUAUAGCGACUGUUAAGGCCUAUUGUCUACUACGCCUACCGCUAGGUCAGGCAUACCUCGAAGAGAUAUAUCUCGCGCUCUACGACGAGUUUAAUGUCUAG